CAAAACUGCUUUGUUGAGGUCACUUUUUUAUAAAAUUAAAUAAUAUAACUUACAGUAAUGUAAUUUGUUUUCAAUAGCAACUUUAUGCUAAGUUCCAAAGAACAUACAAUUAAUUGAGAGAACAGCAAGCAAUCAAGUACUAAUCUUAAGAACUUUCAACAAGGUCCAUCAUCAAGAGUAUCAACUGUGGAACCAAUGUUUUUCAAUAUAAUUAUUGAUUAAAUGGUGCAAAAAUUGUCAUUGUUUAAAUUAUUGAAUUCAAAAUGUUUUUUUUACUUCUUGUGAUUAUUGCAUGUGCUGUACGAAAACAGAUCUUUAUAUAUAUAUAUAUUAAUAAGAAUAUAGAAGAAUUCUGUAGUAAUAAUUUCUAUUUUAAUAGGUUGUGAUGUGCCUAUAGUUCGUGCACCACUUAUAAUCACAACUUAUCCACCAAAUGCUCCUAUUUAUAUUAAUUAUACAUGUGCAAAUGGAUAUUCAUUAUUAGGAAGUUCUCAUAAUAUAUGUAAAAAUGGGAAAUGGCAUAAAAGUCCUCCUAAAUGUGUUAAAAUGUGUUCUUAUCCCCCUAUUCCUGAAUAUGGUGAAAUUGAAACUAAAAAAUCACUUACAUAUGCUGCAGGUGAAACAAUAACUUAUACUUGUAAAAACCAUUAUCAACUUUUAGGUGAAAAGAAAAAUGUGUGUAAUAUUGAUGGAAAGUGGAAAAAUAAUCCUCCCACAUGUGUAAAAUUAAAACUUUGUGAUGAUCCAGGAACACCUGACAAUGCUGUAAGAAAUAUCAAUGGUCCCAUCAAUCUGUCAGAAGGAGUUUAUCCUGAAGGAACUAUUAUAAAGUAUGAAUGUGAAAAAUCCUUUAUUAUAGAUGGAAAACAGUCAAUUGUUUGUAAACCUGAUCAAACAUGGUCUGAUCACAUUCCCAAAUGUGUUAAAAUUGCAGAAAUAGGUAUAACUUGUGAUACCAGAGGUUCAAAUUUAAUGUCAGAUGUUGGAAUUCAUGUGAGGUAAAUUUUUA